AUGGUCAUUAUCAAUCCCAUCUCGACGGUAUCUAGAAGUUCGUUGAUUGGCGUUGGGAUAGCAUGUGGUGGGAAUAUAUUGAUCAGUCUGGCUUUGACAUUGCAAAAGCUCGCCCACAGACGGAAUCAAGAAGCUGCUUCUGGUCACUCAUCAUCCAGCUAUUCUGAGGAAGAGGAAGAUACGAACGAAGAGAACCAUACUUUGACGCAAAACGGUCAUGACGGAAAUGCACAUUCACCUAUACUCGAAGAAGAAACCCCUUGUCCUUCUCCUCGACGGACUAUCAUACCGGCAGAAGUAACAGAAGCGACUGUCGUACCAGUCAUACUAUCUUCUCAGCCAACUUCCAGCUCCAGCUCCCCUAAGAUAUCCCCUUCACCUGCGCCAACACCUCUGAUUAUACCUCAAACUCAAAGCAAGCAUGUCCACCUCAAUUCACCUAUACCCUCUCAUCAAACACCGGACCACGACGUCAAUGAAGAUGAGGACGAUGGAUCAACAUUUAAAGAAGGAGAAGUGAAAGAAGGUGAAUAUCUAAAAUCGAAAUUAUGGUGGCUCGGACAGAUCCUCAUUACUAUAGGUGAAGGAGGUAAUUUCUUAAGUUACGGAUUCGCUCCUGCUAGUGUGGUGGCUCCGUUAGGUACAGUGGCUUUGAUAGCAAAUUGUAUUUUCGCUCCUUUGAUAUUAAGAGAGAAGUUUCACAAACGAGAACUGUUCGGGAUGGCUCUUGCUAUUAUAGGUGCUAUCACAGUGGUAUGGAGCUCGAAUGGGUCCAAUCCUAGACUGAACCCUUCUCAACUGAUUGCCGCCCUGAAGAGACUUCCAUUCAUAAUCUACACCCUCAUCACCGUCCUCCUACUCAUCACACUUAUCAUCCUAUCAAACACAUCCUACGGCCAUCGAUACCUUCUAGUAGAUAUCGGAGUUUGCACUUUAUUCGGUGGAUAUACAGUCCUAUCCACCAAGGCGUUAAGUUCUUUAUUGUCAAAUGAUUUUUUCGGUUCUUGGAAUUAUGGAAUCACGUCGUUUCUUGGAUUGAUGGUCGCUCUGACGAGUAUCGGACAGGUCAGGUGGUUGAACAGGGCUUUAAUGAGGUUUCAAAGCAAGGAAGUCAUACCUACUCAAUUCGUCUUUUUCUCCUUGGCUGCGAUAAUAGGCUCUGCGGUACUAUACGAAGAAUUCAAGGAUGUUUCAUUUUCAAGCUUUGUCAAUUUCGCUUUCGGCAUCGCCACGACUUUUCUAGGCGUUCACCUACUCACUUCUUCACCAUCUUCCCAAGACCAUGCCUCCGACCAAUCCGAAACCGAAUCGAUCCAUCCAGGUCAACCUAAACGUGCAUCGUCCUCAGCAUCAUUGAACUUGCUCUUACCAUCCACUGCAUCUUCCACAAACGGAGAGAGAGCUCCAUUACUCAUCAGCUCCCCCAGUACCAGCUUACAAACACCCUUAUCGCAAGCGAACAGCAAAAUACCACUGUACGGGACUACACCCUCCGGGAAUCAUAUGGUCCGGUUAGUGAGGAUCGGGUCUAGCGAGUUCUCACCAGCACUUGGAAUAGGUAGUCAAGCUGGUCUACUACUGCUGGCUACUACCCCUCCGAGUGUGGGAUCGAUAGGAAGAGGUAGGAGUUCGAGUAGGACGAUGCCUACGCUUGGGACGUUUACUCUGGGGGAUGAAGAGAGAGCAUCUAGUAGAGAAAGGGAAAGGAGUAGGAGGAAUACUUCUGCUUCGAGGAGGAAUGGAACCGAUAGAUGA